GGCGCUCGCGUCGACUCCGCAGAUUUUUUUCGUUUACUUCAUCAUAUCCGUGAUGUUGCAGCCGUACAGCUGACGGAGCCGUGGCGGUGCGGAAAGGGCCUCAUUAAUGAAAGUUAAACGCUGGGCUUUCUACAGGACUAAUCAACUGUGCCAGCACGUAAGCCAUGGAAGGGACGAGCCAAGAUGUUCCGCUGAGUGUCGACAGCAGCCCGCUGGGAAGUCAGAAUGAGGAGGCCCCCCUGUUUGGCGUGUUGGACGUGCUCAUCCUUCUGGCAUUGCUGGGCUUUGCCUUCUACUGGCUCUUCCUGAGGCGCAAGAAGGCCCCCACCUUCGAUCCGGCCGCCAUCAAAACGUUUUCCAUUGAAACAAGUAUACAGAAGGCUGACAACACCAGCUUUAUUGGAAAGAUGAAAUCAACGGGUAGGAAUAUUGUCAUAUUCUACGGAUCACAGACGGGCACAGCGGAAGAGUUUGCUGCUCGUCUUGCAAAAGAAGCCAACAGAUUUGGUCUAAAAGCAAUGGUUGCUGACCCUGAGGAGUGUGAAAUGGAGGACCUGACCAAGCUGCCAGAGAUCAGCAAUUCGAUGGCCAUCUUUUGUAUGGCAACGUACGGUGAAGGUGACCCCACAGACAAUGCGCAAGACUUUUACCAGUGGCUUCAGGAUGGCAGCGUUGACCUGCCUGGAGUCAAUUAUGCAGUGUUUGCGUUGGGAAACAAGACGUACGAGCACUUCAAUGCGAUGGGCAAGUACGUCGACAAGCGCAUGGAGGAACUGGGAGCCACACGUGUUUUUGAGCUGGGCCUCGGAGAUGAUGAUGCUAACAUUGAGGAAGACUUCGUGACCUGGAAGGAGCGCUUCUGGAAUGCCGUUUGUGAAAACUUCCACCUGGAGAUCUCUGGCGAGGAUAUCAACCUCCGCCAGUACCAGCUCAUUGUGCACACUGAUCUUCCAUCUGAAAAGGUCUUUCAUGGAGAGAUCUCGCGCCUCAACUCGUACACCACCCAGAAAAUGCCCUUUGAUGCAAAGAACCCAUUCCUGGCUCCUGUUCGAGUGCACAAGGAAUUAUACAAAGGCUCUCGCUCAUGCAUGCACAUUGAGAUUAGCAUUGCCGGCUCCAAAAUGAGGUAUGAUGCUGGUGACCACGUGGCCGUCUAUCCGAUGAAUGACAUCGCCAUAGUGGAGAACCUAGGACAAAUGCUCAAGGUGGACUUGGACACAGUCAUCACACUGAAAAACCUUGAUGAGGACAGCUCCAAGAAGCAUCCAUUUCCCUGCCCAUGUAGUUAUAGAACCGCACUGCUGUACUACGUCGACAUCACCACUCCCCCUAGGACACACGUCUUGAAGGAAAUUUCCGAGUAUGCCACCAACGAGGAGGAGAAGAAAAUGCUGAAGUUGAUGAGCUCUUCUUCAGAUGAAGGAAAGAGCCUGUACAAGCAGUGGGUACUGAAUGACUGCCGCAGUGUCGUGCACAUUCUGGAGGACCUGCCAUCGGCACGUCCUCCUUUGGACCAUUUGCUGGAGCUUAUGCCCAGGCUGCAGGCUCGAUACUACUCUAUAUCAUCGUCGCCAAAGGUGCAUCCAGACAGCAUCCACAUGACGGCUGUAAAAGUGGAGUACGAGACUCCAACCAAGCGAGUAAACCACGGUGUGGCCACAGGCUGGCUUGCACUCAAGCGACCCGACAACGGCACUCAGCCUACGCUGCCUGUGUAUGUGCGGCGGUCGCAGUUCAAGCUGCCCUCACGGCCGCAGAUUCCCAUAGUGAUGGUGGGGCCCGGCACGGGCUUGGCGCCAUUCCGCGGCUUCAUCCAAGAAAGGGAUUUCCUUCGCAAAGAAGGCAAGCCCGUGGGUGAAGCGGUACUCUACUUUGGCUGCCGCAAGAAGGCUGAAGACUACCUGUACCAGGAGGAGCUGGAGGAGUACCUGGCAAAUGGUACACUGACCAAGUUGUACCUUGCCUUCUCGCGAGACCAGCCACACAAAGUGUAUGUGACACAUCUCCUGCGCCAGAACAAGGAUGAGGUCUGGGACCUCAUUGGCAAGAAGAAUGGCCACUUCUACAUUUGUGGUGAUGCACGUAACAUGGCAAGAGACGUGCAUGAGAUCCUACUAGAGAUCUUCCGCGAGAAUGGCAACAUGUCUGAAGACGAGGCAGUGUCUUACCUCAAGCGCAUGGAGUCGCAGCGGCGCUACUCGGCUGACGUCUGGAGUUGAUGCUGCCCGGCAGUCACCCUAGCAAGUCAUUACCGAGCGGAGCGGGGCAUGCCACCACCCACCGCUGCCGUGCCCUGCUCGUUGUUACGAGGCCCCUUCCUCGCUGCCGCCGGAAGACUGUUGUCCUGGGACGUUGUAGUGGCGGUGAUGAUGACGCGCGCUCUUGCUUGUUCCUCCGGUGACUGGGGCCGCAGUCUCUCCCCGAGCCCACUUCUCUGCGUUCGGUGGCUUAGUGGCAUUGGUCAGUGAGGGCAGGUGCACUGCACUGUCCGACAAGCCGCAGCUCUGGCAGCAGUGGCGGCACCCACGCACACGAGCCCACCCCAGUUUCACACGCACAUUGCCGGUCUCACGCUGGUCGUGUCCCAUUGUCUUCGUGCGGUGCGGUGUUUGUGCUUCUUCCAUCCUUGCUUCUCGUCCCGACCAACCUGCUGUUUCUGUGUUGCUUCUGUCUGCUUUUGCGCAGUGUUCUCCUUAGCUUGUUCUUGUUGAAGAGCUCUGUUGUUGUGCAUUUGUUGCGGACCCCUUCAGUGCAUCUUUGUUUUAUCACUUUCAUGUCUGUUACUUUUGUCAUGCACGAAACUGCUUUGUGGGAUUGGACAGGACUAAAGAAGUUGGUAGGCACAUGCACUUGCUGUCACUGUCAUUUUUAGAUUGUGACGUCAUUUAUAUCACUGAGUGCAUAGUACAUUCUCGUUAAUCAGUGUGCUUGAAAAGUGAAAGUCUCACUGAAAGUGAUAAACCAAGAAUGCAGCUCUGGAGCACGUUCUGUGGCAGUUACGUAAUAUAGUGGUCUCAUCUGAGAACACGGAAAUGACCGUAAUCGAACUUUCAUUGCAUCCUUCACUUGUAUUAUAUAGCUUAAUGCCAUGAUGUUCAAAGAAAGUUGUAUUUACACAGCCUGGUUCUCUUUUGGACCACGCUAAUACCACUUGAAUCAAAGCUGCAAGUGUAACUCCUGGGUACUAGUUGCUCUGAGCAUUGAAACAAUGCUUUAUGGUGGUUUUAGUAUUGCUCUAAGCAUUCCAUUACUUUUAGCCAUUAAUGAGACCAUGUGGAUAUGCUAACCGACAGUGUUUAAUUGACCAUUCUGCAUUUCACUGCAGGAAUAAUUUUGCAGGACUGUUCAUUAUUGUGACACGUGCACAUAUGGCAGAAGUUUUCAUUUUGUGCAUGUGUGCGAUUUUUAUGUAAGGUUUUGGACAAUGCUCUGGCAUGCUUUUUGUGCUUUGAGCCCUAUGACAUUAAGUAGAAUUUUAUGCUUUGUAUUUUUUAACCUUCCUGUGUGUUUUUUUUUAUAGAACAAAAUAUUUACCCAUUCACACGUCAAAGUUGCAUCAGUCAAUUCCUACUACUAGCUUUGAGUGUAAGCCAUUGCAUUUGUACAGAAUGCAUUGCUUGUGUUUAUGUAACGACACGUGACUACACUUUAGUGUAAAAAUAAAUACGGCAUGCAUCGCUCCAUGUGCAGUACACAUGUUUGACAUAUUUCAGAUGUCUGUGUCAUGUUACCCACUAAACUUUGAUAGCAAAGUCCGUAUUUGACAAUGAUUUUUGCAUUAUGUGCAUGCAACUCCUAAGUGCCUGCUGUGCAGCAAUGCAGUAACUUUUUAGUCUUAUUGACGCAUAAAGUUGUUUGAGAAUAUGCAUUUUAAGCUGUUCAGUAUGGGACAUAACUCGUUGGUAUGACUUGGGAAUGCAUCAUCGUAAAAUUGUGUGUUGCUCGGAUCUUUUCUAAAAAAGUUUGUUAUUGCUUGUUUCAUAUUGUGAGACAAGAUACAUUUGCCAUACUCUGAUGAUGUUGACGAACAAAGCAUUAAACGUUUCAUGGAAGUCUUUUGUACUAUGCCAGCACAGUGUACACCACAUAGCAGACUGACAGUGUGCAAACUGGUAAAAGUGCAGUGAACACAAAUUUUGUGUGCGCACAAUAUUUUCUCAAAUUUUCUUUUAACUACUGUUGCUAGUGGAAAAUGUGCAGCACCCAUUGGUGGAAAACGUCUGACUGCAUUCAUAGGAUUCUUGGUGCUCGCAAGUUUGUGACCAUAAAAUGCAAUUUCACAGUCUGAUGCAGUUCGGUAAGAUGAAAGUGCCACUUUCCAGUGCAUGCUCUCAAUCUGCCUUGUUAGGCCUAUUAUAGGAUCGUAUUAUAUGGCGCCACUCCCCAGGCGUUGCUAUUUCAAAUGCUCUGCUGAAGACCUCUACUGGACCCUUGCAAGGGGCACUGUUCUAUUUGUGGCUAUGCAGGUAGCCUGAAUGCCUUUCUCGCGCUAAUUUUAUCGGAACAUAUCAGCUAACGUGUUAAAACUGUAGCUGCAGCUGCAUGCUCAAGUAUUGAACUGCCGUUUACCAGUAAUGAAGGUGCUUCACAGGAAAUGGAGCAUGUAAGUUCAACAAAUAAUUCAAGGUUGUGGGUGUCGUGCCUUCUAUAGUGUUUGUUCUCUCUUUUUUUUUCUCUCUCUAAUGAGAUUGCGACCUUGAAGGUUGGAUGUGACGUGAAACUGCGGUGCUCUCAGAGAUGUGCACCCAUUGUUGUCUCGGUGUUUUUUUGUCUGUUAACAAACUUUUAUUAACAAAGUGCCGCUCUGCUUUCUAUUGUUUAUUAGUUUUCCCUGUUCUUCUUAGAUGUACAUCUUACCAAUUGGCUCUGUACAGUUGCACGACCUAGAGUGCAUUACACGUUGAGAAGAACGGUGCAUGCAUUUGUUUUGGGACACCAUCUGUGAAGCAAGAGGUGCAGGAGUGUUACGUGUGGCUUCUUUUGGCCAGUGCGUGCAUUCUUCAUUGGAUUUUGUAUUUAUUCUACUGCAGCUCAAGUUUCAAGAGUAAUGUGAUGAGGAAAAGCGCAGCGUUGCCGGUGGACUCUUCUAGGCAAAUUAAGCGUUUAUGCAGUGGUGCUGCCGUGUGCUGAAUCCACAGCGACUCUUGUGAACAGGCGCUUUGCUCGCUCUCUGGAGCACCCACUGCGGCUCAUACAGUCCGAAGCCAGGAACUUUUUCCUUCAUUAUUGAAAUUUUGUAUCGUCCAAUUUUACAAGUGGAAUGGCUUCUACCCUUGCCAAUGAGAGUUGAGGAUGAUGGUAAUUUGGUGGAGUAUAAAAAUAAACGACACGUUUGGUAUCGGAAUGUCAUACAAGGUUACUUAAUAGGUUCAUCCGCCAACUUUCAAACUCUUAGGAACAUUCGCAGCUUUUUGUCCCACAACAGUAUUGCGUGCCUUUGCUUGCAUUAAAGCUAUGUGCUCGGCACUUCUUCGUCAUGAACGGUGUGCAAGACUUCGGCGUAGCAUGGCAUUCUUAAUGAGAAAGCAGCAAGCACAGAGUUUGUAUUAGAGUAACGCUGGCAAGCCAAUUGACGAUUACUGCUUUGGUACAAAAACCACCCCUCAAACGAUGUAAAUGAAAUGGGGUUUUUUCUUUUGGCUUUACCCACAUACAAGUAGCACCCAAUACAUCAACAUAAACUUAAGGGAGUCUCAAGUGCUACAUUUCAACAGACCCAUUGUAUUUUAGCGGGCAAUUUUUUCUUUGCAGGACACUUUCAUGGGCCAUUUGGUUUAAAGCAGAUAUUGCAAAGAUAUCUAUGCAAAGAUAAAACUUGCACAUGGAGAUAAGGCAAUAGCUGUGCAGACAUGCAUGUCUGUCUUGGCACAUUCAUAGAGUAGCUUUAGAUAAGUUGUCCACCACUAGUUCUGAUUAAGCUACAGUAAUACACGAUACAUACUGGGAACUGCACAGUCAUGCUAGGAAAAUGGUACAUGUGCUCUGUCUUCCUAUACUUCAGGAGUAGCUUUACCACAAAGUCCUAUGUGAUGAGUUUUAAAGCAGCUGUUCAGGUACGCAAAUUAAUUUGUAGCCCUUCACUGCAGUGUCUCUCAUUGCUGCUGUGUGAGAGGUUGUUUAGAACAGUGCUAAAUUGUACCCAAUAUUCAAAAUGGAGAACUACAUAAGUUUGCUAAGAAUGUGUACUUCGUCUUCAUGUGUUCAUAUAAUAGCUCUACAGCUUGUAGGGGCAUUAAAGGCAAAUAUUAAGUAGAGUAGUACUAUAAGGCAGUAAUAAACAUGGAGUUCAAAAAUAGUCUUUGCACACAAUUUCAGACAUUCUUUGGGACAAUUCAGUGGUAACCCAAUGACUUGACACGUUUGCAUACAAUUGUGCUACUGGUGUUUACCCACCAAGGUUAACGGGAAGUUAUACAUCCAAAUGAUGUGUUAGCAGUUUGUAAUCAUUGUUGCUUUGGCAUGUAAAGCCUUCCUGAACAUUUGCCUUUAGUUUCCCUUUUAUUGGCGGCGUACGAAAAACUACACCGGCUUGCCGUAAGUGGCCCUCUUGCCAUGCUUGUUGCAUGUCCGGACAAGUCUCUUUUCGUGUAAUAAUCAUCUGGCCUUUGUGCGGUUAAGCAGAGUGUUUCUAUUUUUAUACGUACCUUCAUAAAUAUGCCCAAGUGCAGUUCACUCGCCGUUGUCACGGCGGCAACCUGAAAUUUGUCUCGGAUUUAACUGUCCCAUGCAUGUACCGAGAUACAAAUGUUGGUGGUGCACUGCAUGCGUCUGGCGACGCAUGUAAUUGUUGUUGCCAAAUGUGUUUUUGGCUCCUAGAAGUGAGGCAUUCUUUAGAGAUGUAUUUUUGUACCUUUUUUUUUCCUUUGAUGACCUGAAUGGCUUUAAGAAAACCUACCUGUUGUGUUUUUGGUCUUUCAUGCUGACAUUGCAAUAUUAAAUUUUUGGAAUUUUAUAUUUGCUAUCGUGUACAAAAUGUUUUUUAGGGAGAAAUAUAUUUUAAAUUUGGUCUGGUACAUUGUUUGAAUAAAGCCCACGCUUCCAUUGCGGC